CCCCCGCGGGUCCCCAGUCCCCCUCGUCAUCAUGCUGGCUCUGGUUCGGUCCCUGGGUCCCUCCGUCCUGCUCGGACCCGCCGCUGCUGCUGCCGCUGCCGCUGCUGCUGCUGCACAGCCUCGUGCCCGCCUCUCCAGCGGCGCCCAGCAGGAACACCAGACCUUCUACGAGUUCCGGACCUACUGCAUCCGUCCGGACCAGAACGCCGCCUUCCUCAAGCUGACCAAUGAGAAGAUCCAGCUGCGGACGGCCCACUCGGAGCUGGUUGGCUACUGGAGCGUGGAGUACGGCGGCCUGAACCAGGUCUUCCACAUCUGGAAGUACGACAGCUUCUCCCAGCGGGCGGGUGUCCGGGCCUCCCUGGCCCAGGACCCGUCCUGGAUCUCCGAGUACAUCUCCAAGGCCAUGCCGAUGCUGACGUCGCAGGACAACGAGGUGACGUACCUGGUGCCCUGGAGCCGCCUGGAGCAGCCGCCGCAGGCCGGCGGGGCGUUCGAGCUGGCCACCUUCCAGAUGCGACCCGGCGGGCCGGCCGUCUGGGGCAGCAGCUUCCAGGCCGCCGUCACCUCCCAUGAUGCACCGGGAUACGGCAAGCUGCUGGGGGCCUUCCACAGCGAGUUCGGAGGGCUGAACCGCGUGCACGCCCUCUGGUGGUUCCAGAGCGCUGACCAUCGGGCCGAGGUCCGACACCGAGCUCACACCGACGCCAGGGUGGUUGCAGCAGUGAGGGACAGCGUCAUCCAUCUGGACUCCCAGAGGAACCAGCUCAUGUUCCCCUGCUCCUUCUCCCCCAUGAAGUGACGGCCUGCCGUCUCCGUGACAACGAUCCCACACAUGGGACCUGGUAGCCCUGCCUCCUGCCCUCAGCAGGCCAAUCACAGCAGCUCGGUCCACGUCGGGGUCCGAGGGGGGCGGGGCUUCUCGAGUUUAUCACUGAAUGUGCCUUUAACUGUUUCUGUAUAAACGUCUGACCAAUAAAAUCUGACUGUCUGAACAUU